CGGAAUUAAAAAAUCUUUAAUAUCUUUCCAGCAACGAGCCUCCAUUGCUGCAGCACACGCAAACACACACACACACAUGCAUAUACACGUAGGCCUACACACUGUGGGUCUUUUAAAAACGAAGAAGAAAAACUAUAGCCUGCAGAAUUAAGAGGAGCAUCUUCUUCACAUUGACAUUCCUCAUCAUCGGGCUGUAACCUGAAUGGAUUGAAUGUAUAGCGCUGCUGACAUCGUGACAACACCAGCUCUGUGUGUGGACCUGUGCAACUCGUUCUCCUGAUUGUGUAAUAUCUUCUUUUUCUUUUUUUCUCCUGCAAGCGGCCAAAGCUGCAUCCGAGAGGAGAGAAAGAAGAAGAGGAGGAGGAGGAGGAGGAGAAAACAGACAGGGGGUAUUGCAACAUUCAUCAGAAUUUAUUUUUCUUCCUAUUACAUGGCGCAAGGGCUAAACAAACGGGACCGUCCUGGGUGUGAUACUGCCACGGUGAAUUUGGAUAUUCAAGCAGCAGCAGCAGCAGCAGAAGCGGCGGCAGUGUCCUCCCCCGUCCACGGAAGAAGCAUCCUCGGCUGCGGCGGCGCCCACACCGACUCCCCGUCCUCCUCCUGCCGGCUCUAUGUCGAGUGAUGGUCGGCUUGCCUUGCUGGAUGCUCCCCGCUCUCUCCGGAUCAUCGACGACCGAACCUCCUCUGACCGCAGACCCCCAUUUUCGGCGGAAACCUUCCCAGAGCUAUAGGGCUACAUAUGGAAACGGGGGAUCAAAAUUUUAGGAAAAAAGAAAAUAUACGCGGUUAAUUUCAUUUUUUGUUUGUUUUUUAGGUUUUUAUCUGGUUGUGAGUUUUUUUCCGGGUAUUUUUAAAAACCUGCUAAUUUAUUUAUUUAUUUGUUGAGCGUUGAUUUCCUCAUUCCACAGUGUGUAGGGUUGUGAGAAGCCAGCGUGAGAUUUUCUUUUAAGCCCACAAUAGGUCGUCAUAAAACCCUUCGAGAAUCGCUUUUAUUUCCCCUCGACAGGAGUUAAAUUCUUCUUUUGUUUACUCUCUUUGGUUUUUACUAAUAUGAUAGACUCCCCUGCUGUCCUUUGUUUCCCUACCCACUUUAUUAUCUCCUUGCUUUUUCCCCUUUGAACUAACAAAGCACAUUAGAAUAAUACUAUUAUUGAACAUAUUUAGGGUAGCUUUUGGGUGUAGUUGUAAUCUUUAAUUCUAAAUGAUAUAACCUCUGACUAAAGUAACUGUAACUCACUGUAACAGACAUAUUGAACUGCUGUACUAAGCCUGCUAUUACUCUAACAUCGCCCUCCUAACCAUCUCUGUGCUCCAUUUGAGCUUAUGUUCAUUCAGCUCUGUGCUCAGCUGUAACCUUUACAAGUCAAGAAACAGCUUUUUUUUCUUCUUCUACUGCAGGCCUGUAAAGUACAAACCUCAGUGUGGUUUAUCUCACUUCUAUUUUAAGGCUGCCACUAUAGGCUUUAGGACAUAAUUAUUCCUUUUUUAGCUCAGUGUUGUUAGCCAUACAUCUGCAGCUGGAGGCCUGCUGAGGUGCUGUCAUCCUCCGCAUACCUGAUUUCUCAUCUGUUUUGGGGUAUAAAAGUAAGAAAACAACAGGGAGGAAGAGACAUCUCUGGCUCUUCCUCUCUCCCCCCCCACAAAAAACCCUCCAUCCUCAGUUUUUCUCUUGUUUUGGUCCUCACUCAAACGCAACCAUAAGGUUCCUACCGCAUCCUCCUCCUCCUUCUUCCCUCUCCUUCCGCUCGAGUAUAUCCCGUUUUUUCGGUUUGGUUUGGUCCCGCAAAUUUUCAAAUAUUUACUUCCUGUACAUCAAGAGGAAAGGGGGUCCCCCUUUCAUGGAAUGCGGAAACAUGGGUCUGUUCGACCGCGGUGUCCAGAUGCUGCUGACCACGGUGGGAGCCUUCGCGGCCUUCAGCCUCAUGACCAUCGCGGUCGGCACGGACUACUGGCUGUACUCCCGCGGCGUCUGCAGGUCCAAGUCCAUGAACGAGAACGAGACCAGCAAGAAGAACGAGGAGGUGAUGACCCACUCGGGCCUGUGGAGGACCUGCUGCUUGGAAGGAAACUUCAAAGGAAUGUGUAAACAGAUAGACCAUUUUCCAGAGGAAACAGAUUACGAAGCCGACCCAUCUGAGUACUUCUUACGUGCGGUGCGAGCCUCCAGCAUCUUCCCCAUCCUCAGUGUCAUCCUGCUCUUCAUGGGAGGCCUGUGUAUAGCUGCCAGUGAGUUCUACAAGUCACGCCACAACAUCAUCCUCAGCGCAGGAAUCUUCUUUGUGUCUGCAGGCCUGAGCAACAUCAUUGGGAUCAUCGUGUACAUAUCAGCCAACGCGGGGGACCCUUCAAAAAGCGACUCGAAGAAGAACAGCUACUCUUACGGCUGGUCCUUCUACUUUGGUGCCCUCUCCUUCAUCAUGGCUGAGAUGGUGGGCGUUUUGGCUGUGCACAUGUUCAUCGACCGCCAUCGACAGCUCCGAAUAGGGGCGCGCGCAGCCGACUACCUCCAAGGCUCGGCCAUAACACGAAUCCCCAGCUAUCGCUAUCGAUACAGACGUCGCUCGCGCUCCUCCUCCCGCUCCACAGACCCGUCCCACUCCCGCGACACCUCGCCAGUGGGCCUCAAGGGCUUCAGCGCGCUGCCAUCCACGGAGAUCUCCAUGUACACGCUGCCCAGGGACACCCUCAAGUCCUCCGGCACGCCCACCGCCACCUACAACUCUGAGAGGGACCACGGCUUCCUGCAAGUCCACAACUGCAUCCAGAAGGACCUGAAAGACUCGAGCCAGACCAACACAGCCAACCGCCGCACUACGCCAGUAUGAGGGAUUCGACACAGGCCAGGGCAGCCAGGCGGAGACCAGGAGACACGGGAACCCCUGCGGGCACAGUACGUCCCAGGAGAAGAUGGAUUUCCAUGUUUAUAGACAUUUGUUCUUUUUGUUCAGCUUGCAUGACUUUUCCAUUACCAUUGUUGAGAGCGUUGCAACAAGUCUGCUGUGUUCCUGGAUUGAACAGCAGAACAGUGAGAAUGGGUCAAGGGUGUCCUGAGAGAGGGAGAUCUGUCGUUUUUUGCGCAGGGUUUGUUUGUGAGGUCUGGGGCACUGAAAGGCAGGGCGCGGGAGUCUGGGCAUUUAUGAGAUAUAGAUUUCAUGAUUUCAUAGCCCUUUGGUUUAACAGUUUUAACCCGCAAGUUUGGUUGGAGCAACAGGUCAAGCUCCCCCUCAGCAGGCCCACCACUCAGAUUCACACUCUUUUAUUUAUAGACUCAUUUUUUGCAUAAAAAACUGUGAAUUGUUACAGUUUGGGAUUUAAUAAGAAUUAGCCCAAUCUGUAAU